GAAGACAAGGUGAAAGAGGACCUCCAGGUCCGUUGGGGUCUCAAGGACCUCCCGGAGAACCGGCUGAGAGAGGGGAUCCAGGACAACCGGGGCCGCCGGGAGAAGUAGGUGCGACGGGCAACCCAGGAGAGAGAGGUCCCGUUGGACCCCAAGGCCUUCAAGGGUUCCCAGGGCCGCAGGGGUUGGUAGGACUACCAGGGGUCAAGGGCGAAAGAGGACUCACCGGGCUGAAAGGAGAGCAAGGCAACCCAGGGCCUUCAGGGAGUCCUGGGGAGCAGGGUCCACCAGGGCUUGUGGGAUUGACCGGAGCUAAGGGAGCGAGAGGAGAGGCGGGGUCUCGGGGGGACCAGGGACUGAUGGGCCCACCUGGACGACCGGGCGAGCCGGGACAAGCGGGUCAAUCAGGACCAACAGGACCUCCGGGGCCAGCAGGGGUUCCUGGCAUCAAGGGAAUCCCAGGAGACUCCGGUCGACCUGGCAAUCCGGGGCCAAUGGGGCAACCGGGACCUCAGGGGUUGGACGGGAUCAAGGGAGAGCGAGGAGGCGAGGGCCCUCCUGGAGGACCAGGGCCCGCAGGACCUCAGGGUUCUCCCGGACCUCCCGGUCUCAGUGGCCAACGGGGAGCUCCGGGAGAAACAGGACCUGCUGGUAAACCUGGGUCGGAUGGAGCUCCAGGACCACAGGGUGUUCAGGGCAACCCAGGACCUCCAGGACCUCUCGGCGAACAAGGUCCUGAAGGUCCCAGUGGGAAGAUGGGACCCCCAGGGAUAUCAGGUCGGCCUGGAGACAAGGGUCCUGUAGGAAUUCCUGGCAAUCCUGGAGCACCUGGAGCACCUGGCCUUAUGUCUAGGCCAAGUGGAUACGCUCAGGAAGGUACAGUAGCGGAGGCAGUCCCUGUUCCUGGGCCAAGGGGAGACACAGGUUCGCCGGGAGACAGAGGACAACCAGGGGAUAUCGGUCCUCCAGGAAGCCCCGGCAAUCCUGGGAUACCGGGCAAUCCCGGGCCUCCAGGACCCGUACCUGGCGUAAGUAAUCAUAUUUGA